CUGUGUGUCUCUCAAUCUCGCUCUACUUCCUCUUCUUGUGUCCUCUCCAGUCCUGCGCUGCACUGCUUCAUUCGUGUAGACUGCCCAGAGUCCGCGAAUACAACCCUGCUACAACCACACACACAGAGACGUCGGUUUACAUCAUCGUAUCGUUCCUGUCCACUGGAGGAAGGAGAGUAGAGUUCCAACCAAUCCCUGACAAGAAGAAGACAUUCCGUUCCCAGCCACAUUCCAGAACCCUGUGGACCCCUUGUUGAAGCAUGUCUCUGUACAGCUUUGGGUUGGAGCCUCUCUCCUGUCAUGCCUGGAAUAAGGACAGGACACAGAUUGCUGUCAGCCCCAACAGCAGUGUGGUGAUCAUCUAUGAGAAGAAGGGGAACGAGUGGGCCAAGAUCCACGAGCUGACUGAGCACAGUGGACGAAUCACAGGCAUCGACUGGGCUCCGGAUUCGAACCGCAUCGUGACGUGUGCAUCGGAUCGUAAUGCGUACGUGUGGACCCUGAAGGACAAGGUGUGGAAGCCCACUCUGGUGUUGGUGAGGAUCAACCGGGCUGCUACUUUUGUCAAGUGGUCCCCUCUGGAGAAUAAGUUUGCCCUGGGCAGCGGUGCUCGCCUCAUCUCUGUCUGCUACUUCGAGAAGGAGAACGACUGGUGGCUCAGUAAGCACAUAAAGAAGAGCAUCCGGUCCACGGUGAUGUGUCUGGACUGGCACCCCAACAACAUCCUGUUGGCUGCAGGAUCCUCUGACUUCCACUGCAGGAUCUUCUCUGCCUACAUCAAGGAAAUCGAGGAAAAGCCAGGCCCGACAGCUUGGGGGGCUAAGAUGCCAUUUGGGGAGAUGCUGCUGGAGACCAAGGACUGUGGAGGUUGGGUACACAGUGUCUCCUUCUCCCCCAGCGGAGACCACCUGGCCUGGGUCGCUCACAACAGCAGCAUCAGUGUGGCCGACGCCACCCAGGGGAAAGAGGUGACUCAGCUGACAACGGACCGUCUCCCUCUAGUGAGCGUGCUCUAUGUGAGCCCCACAGAGAUGGUUGCCGCGGGCCAUGACUGCUGUCCGUUUCAGUUCUCCUAUAAGGGCCCAGGCAGUCUGAAGUUUGUUAAGAAGCUGGACAUCCCCAAGCAGACCUCUAGGGGCAGCAUGUCCGCCAUGCAACACUUCCGCAAUCUGGAUAAGAAGGCUACUGACGACGAGAGCAACGAGCUGGGCUGCCUGCACCAGAACAGCAUCACUCAGCUGUGUAUCGUGUCAGGAACUAAGGCCCACGUGGACAAGUACAGCAGUGUGGGUCUGGACGGAGCUAUGGUCCUCUGGGACUUCAAGGUACUGCCUACAUACACCACAUAUACAAAAGGAUGUGGACACCCCGUCAAAUGAGUAGAUUCAUCUAUU